AUGAGUAGCCGUUACGUGGACGACGAUACCUACAAUAACUACGACUACGAUGCUUCUGCUGGUACCACAUAUGAUAGUGUCGGAACCACCUAUGAUACUAUAAGCACGGCAUAUGGUACUGCGGGCUACGACACCGGAUAUGGUGUAACAACCUACGACCCAGGUAGCGGCGCCUACGACCAGCACCUCGACUACCAGACCGACUCCUCACGACGACACCAUCGGGAGCGACUUGAUGAUAAUGGCGUCUAUCGACACCGAGAUGUUGACCGCCGCGAUGACGGAACCACACACGUCCAUCGGGAAUACGACAACCCCAAUACGGGUACCAGCUACCAUCGCGAUAUUGAGCGGUAA